AUGGUGGAUACGGUGGGAAAGGUUGCUGAUGAUGAUAAGGAUAUUGCCAAUAUCCUGAGCUGGGCGCGUCCUGCGAAAACGCAUGGUUCAACGGAUUUCCUUGGGCCCAGUAGGGAUGAGUGUAGGGGUUGGAGAAGGGACACAUUUGGUUGUGGUGAUCCUAUUGGCGGUAAACCUGGCGGAGGUGGCGUCAUGUGGCGGAGUAAGGAGGCAAACGAAGACAAGUUGGUGAUUGGAUGUGGUGUAGAACAACUGGAAAUAGCAAGAUCUUCAGUCAGUUGUAAAUCGGAGAGAGAUACCAAAAGGAAAGAGGGAAGGAGUGAUGAAGAAUCUGUGGUCAACGAGCACUUACCAUCUUUAGCUUUAGCAUGA